AGAAAGGGAGGGGGAGAGGUUAAGGGUGAGAGAGGGAGAGAGGGAGGGGGUGAGAGAGGGAGAGAGAAUGAGAAAGGGAGAGAGGGGUGACAGGGAAGAUGGUAAGGUCUACUCUUUGAGAAACUGUGACACCCCUGAGGACAGAACGAUCUCAGUGUGUGUCUCAGAGUCCCCACAAAGGGCCCCCUAUAGGGGAAGCGGAGGGGGAAGGGAUUGGAUUUGUGAUGCCCCUCAAAGGGCCCAUAAGGAGGUGAAGAGGCAGGGGAGGGGAGGAGGACGAGGUGGGAGGAGCGAGAGGGGAGGAGGAAGGAGUGGGAGGGAAGGAGGAAGGGGAGGGAGGGAGACUGACAGGGAGGAAGACACUGGACAGAUAGUAUCUGAGAUUAAGGUAUGUAUGAGCAGUAGCAGCAGCUCAGAGACACAGGACUGCAGAGAGGCUGCUAUCAGGCCCAGACCACCAAGGCCAAGGCCCAGGCCUAGAUCCGGGCCCAGUUCCAGCACCCCACAACCUCACCAGACACAAUCCCACACCCAGACCCGCCCAAAACAGGCCUACCAGACCCACACCUACCUGACAGAGUGCCAUACUGGACCGACAAAAGCCCACCCAGCACAGAACCACCACCUAGAGGCUCAGAGCGACGCCCGACAGAGCCAGCAGACUAAGACACAGGACUGCAGAGACGGUGCCAUCAGUUCUAUACCUAGAUCUGACUUCAUCACACCACACCCUCACCCUCCUCAAACCCCGGCCCAAACGCAGCACAGCCAGGCCCAGCAGACACACACCCAGCCUCCCCAGAUCUGCCCAAAACAGGCCCAUCCGGCAAAGACUCACACCCACCCGACACAGGCCCAGACCCAGGCCCGACAGGUCCUGCCGACACAGGCCCAAAACCACAAGAGACAAGCACCCACCCAUCCGACACAGGCCCAGACACUGCAGCACCACAGAGAAGGUUCCGUCAGGCCCACCUUUGACUGCUCUCCCACUCACCAGACCCAGAUCCAGCAGACUCAGCAUCGCAGAGAGAGUCUCACCACUGAGCCUACACACAGCCAGGAGAGCCAGGCCCAGACCCAGCAGUCAGAGGCCCAGACCCAAGCCUGGCAAAUUCAGGAUCGGAGAGGGAGUCCCAUCACUUCUGACCCCCCUCCAACCCACCAGACCCAGGCCCAGAACCAUCCUCAGCAGCAAGAGGCCUGGCAGACCAUGCAACACCGUAGAGAGAGCCUUACCAGCCCCAGGCCCGACUCUGACUCCCCACCCAGUAAAGCCCAAAAUGACCGGUUUCAGUCCCAGCAGCACUACAGAGAGAGUCUCCCCAGGUCCCGGCCCACUUCUGCCUCCCCUCCCAGCCACAAGACCCAAAUACAGGACCACACUCCCCACACCCGACAGACACCGCAGCAUCACAGAGAGAGCACCACCAGUCCCAGGCCCCCCUCUGACUCCCCUCCCCUCCAAGAGAGCCACCAGGCCCACAUCCAGGCCCACUCUUUUCAGACCGAGAGCCAGGGCAGACAGACCCAGCAGCAUUGCAGAGAGAACACCACCAGCCCCAGCCCAAGGCCUACUUCUAACUCCACUCCUAGCCUGGAGAGCCAUCCACGGGCUGUCAAUGUAUCACCAGCUUCACAUCAGAACACAGAGCCACAGAGGGAGUCCCCAGAGGAGAGACAGACAAGGACACAGACACAGAUGCCUCACGAUGUCUCAGAGCAGCAGCCUGGCAGGCCUCAGUGCCCAGAGCCCCAGGCCCUACAGAAGGACAGCAACAACACACCUCAGCCUGAACCAACACAGAACAACGCCUCGUUCCCCAGCUUCGUGGAUGUCCCAGGUCCGUGUGAGCCGGAGGACCUGAUCGAUGGGAUCAUCUUUGCUGCUAACUACCUUGGUUCCACACAGCUGCUGUCUGACAAGAACCCAUCUAAAGGAACACGCAUGGCCCAGGCGCAGGAGGCUGUCAGCCAGGUCAAGAGCCAAGAUGAAGACUCUCAGAUGGUGACAGAAGUUGACCUCUUCAUCUCCACCAAAGCAGUCAAAGUGCUGAAUGCUGACACGCAGGAGACGCUGAUGGACAGUGCGUUGCGUUCCAUAUCCUACAUCGCAGACAUCGGGAGCAUCGUGGUUCUGAUGGCUCGUACCCGUAUGGCAGGAACAUCCUCACAGGACUGUACUGAAGCUGAUCUCUCCUCCUCAGAGGGACAGAGACACUACAGAAUGAUCUGCUAUGUCUUUGAGUCAGAAGACGCCCAGCUCAUUGCCCAGUCCAUCGGACAGGCAUUCAGCGUUGCCUACAGGGAGUUCCUCCGAGCCAAUGGGAUCAAUCCUAAGGACCUGAGUCAGAAGCAAUACAGUGACAUCAUCAAUUCCCAGGAAAUGUACAAUGACGACCUGGUCCAUUUCUCAAACUCUGACAACUGUAAAGAGCUGGAGUUGGAGAAGCAGAAGGGUGAGAGCCUAGGUGUGGUUAUAGUGGAGUCUGGCUGGGGCUCCAUCCUGCCUACGGUGAUCCUAGCUAACAUGUUGAACAGCGGCCCAGCUGCCCGCUCUGGGAAGCUCAACGUGGGAGACCAGAUCAUGUCCAUCAACAACACUAGCCUGGUAGGGCUACCACUAGCUACCUGCCAGGGUAUCAUCAAGGGUCUGAAGAGCCAGGUUCAGGUGAAGCUGAGCAUCGUGAGUUGUCCUCCUGUCACCACCGUCCUCAUCAAGAGACCCGACCUCAAGUUCCAGCUGGGCUUCAGUGUUCAGAACGGCAUCAUCUGCAGUCUGAUGCGCGGCGGUAUCGCAGAGCGAGGAGGGGUGCGAGUCGGCCACAGGAUCAUUGAGAUCAAUGGGCAGAGUGUUGUUGCCAUGCCGCAUGAGAAAAUAGUCCAGACCCUGUCUGUAUCAGUGGGAGAGAUCAACAUGAAGACCAUGCCUGCAGUGAUGUUCAGACUGUUAACAGGACAGGAGACUCCUGUUUACAUCUAGUCUCUCCAUGCCUGCUCCUUCAAUGGCACCCUUUUUCCUGUGUAGUGCACUACUUCUAACCAUGGCCCAUAUGGCUGUAGGUUCACUAUGUGAGGAAUAGGGUGGCAUUUGGUACUCGUACUCUCUCACUGCUUCUGCAUGUCUAGGAGAAAGAUGGUGGACAGACAGGAUGAGUGACAGGCAGAGGAGGCUGGUGUUCCAGCCAUUCCAAUGAGCUUGUCCUCCGGCUUAUAGUGACACCAGCCUCCACUGCUGACAGGGUGGUGGUACAUUAGCAACAUUUAUUUUUUAUAUAUCAUUUGAUUUUGGGGGUAAUAUGUUACUAUGCUGAAGAUUUCAACAACAACAACAAAAAUUCAACUUCAGGCUUAGUUGGAGUAGCCUGGAUAACGCAUUGUUUGGCGAUGACGCGUAGUACAAUGUUAGCUAAACAGACUGGUACCAGGCUAUAAUUGAACAGCUACACGGUCAUAAUGGUUUGAUGUGUACAGUGUGUGUGUGUGCCUGUGUGCGCGUGUGUGUGAAUACGUGUGAAUACUGUUAAAAUAACUGUAAAUGCAAGGUAAAUUAUUAUGUUCUUAUGACUAGAUUGCAAACACGCCACAUUUUAUUUCCAAUUGAAUAACUUGCAAGAUUAAACAAUGUAGUGACAUAAAUGUGUUGAUACAGUAACUGAACUUAUUGUAGGGAAGGGGUUGGUCUGUCGUUAUUCUUCAAUAGCAGGGAUAUUUAAGCUACAUCCCGUGUAUACCUAAACAGCAUAGGACAAGGCUAUUCUUCAAUAGCAGGGGUUUUUAAGCUACGUCCCGUGUAUACCUAAACAGCAUAAGACAAGGCUAUUCUUCAAUAGCAGGGGUAUUUAAGCUACGUCCCAUGUAUACCUAAACAGCAUAGGACAAGGCUAUUCUUCAAUAGCAGGGGUAUUUAAGCUACGUCCCGUGCAUACCUAAACAGCAUAGGACAAGGCUAUUCUUCAAUAGCAGGGGUAUUUAAGCUACGUCCCGUGUAUACCUAAACAGCAUAGGACAAGGCUAUUCUUCAAUAGCAGGGGUAUUUAAGCUACGGCCCGUGUAUACCUAAACAGCAUAGGACAAGGCUAUUCUUCAAUAGCAGGGCUAUUGUUGCCUGGUCUGUCAUUGGAGCCUGCCGUGCCAAUGCAUAACUACUACCUUAGGAGUUGGUAAGACAACAACACAGACCGAUCUGGGGACCAGGCUAGGGGGGGGGGGGGGGGGUAUUGAGCAACAGAAAACAAUGUAAUGUAGUGUGUCCCAAAUCACACCCUUUCCACUGGGAACAGAUAUCAGUUCCAAUGUCUAGUUUUCAUUUACAUUUGGUUGAGUUUGUCAAAUAAUGUGAAUUCAACGUGAAAUCAACAACAACAACAUUUCAUCAUGUCAUUGGAUUUAUGUUACAUUUUUUGGGGGGGUGGGGGGGGGGGGGUUGAAGUGUCGUGGAAACAUCGAUUCAACACGUUUUUUUUGGGGUCCAGUGGGUAUUCCCCUAGAUAGUGCACUAGUUUUGACCAUGCGAGGCCCAUAGGGCUCUAAUCAAAAGUAGUGCACUAUGUAGGGAAUAGGGUACCCUUUGGAAUUACAAACCAGUGUCUGGAAGCUGUCCUUUUCUCUCUAUACUGCCUUGGAUGUAACAAAGGUUUCAAUAUAACAUUAUGGCAAUGCUGAAAGCCAAAGAUAAUACUGCGACAUGUAUUCUUAAAAAAAAAUUAAAAAUGAACGAGUGCACUGUUAAGGAUAUAAGGGGGGGCGGCCAUUUUGGAAUGCAGAGCAGGUAUAAUGAGAAUGUAUAAACUUGUUUAGUUGCUGUAUUGUGAGAAGCUAAGAAUAUACUGUGAUUAAUGAAAUGUUAAUGACAAUGCUUAAUAUGGCUUUCCAAAUACGUAAAAAAA